CAAGAGAAUCACUUGUCAUGUUCCAUAUCCAAAUAUAAAGAGCCAAAAGAUUCUUGUGUUUUCUUUCAAAUCACUAAACACACACCCGUGUUUUUUACUAUACAUCCCCCUCUCUUUUGUCUCAUUUGCUUGUUCUUCUUACCUACGGAUAUCACCUACCUAACUCAUUCUGCGUUCUUCUCUUCUUUCAGAUAACCCUUUCAUGCAUGCUUGAAGGAAGAGUUGUUUCUUUUUUGUUUUCAUUCUCUUACCAAAGAGAAACAUGGACCCUUUUGAAAAAGCCUUGGAAGUUGGAAAUCUAGUUUGAUGUAUAAGGAGAAAACCAAAAAGGGUAAUAUGCCAACAGUGUGGUUUUCUUUGAAGAAGUCACUACAUUGCAAAUCAGAACCAUCAGAUGUACAUGAUCCAAAAACAAGAAAGCAUUUAAGCACAAUCUUAACAAAAAAAGGAGGAGGAGGAAGAUCAGGUUGUUCAAGGUCAAUAGCAAAUCUAAAAGAUGUUAUCCAUGGAAGCAAAAGACAUAUAGAAAAGCCACCAAGUUGCAGUCCAAGAUCUAUAGGAAGCAGUGAGUUUCUUAAUCCAAUAACUCAUGAAGUUAUUUUGAGUAACUCAAGGUGUGAGUUAAAAAUCACUGGUUUUCAAGAAGGGAUUAACGGUGGUGGUAAUAAUGCUAGUGGUGGUAGUAGUAGUGGUGGUUCUUCAACUUAUGUUGGUACUUUAAGACCUGGUACACCUGGUCCUGGAGGACACCCUACAAUGCAUUACUUUAACCCUUCUUUUAGAACUUCUUCAACUCCUCCAAGGAAAUCUCCUUUUCUUUUGUCAGAAGGGUCUAAUGGUUUUCAUGGUGGUGGUGGUGUUCAUUCAAGUAAUAGGAUGUCUCUUGAGACAGAUUCUAAUGGUUCUUCAACUGUUACUUGUCACAAAUGUGGUGAACAGUUUAACAAAUGGGAAGCUGCUGAAGCUCACCAUCUCUCCAAGCAUGCUGUUACUGAACUUGUGGAAGGAGAUUCAUCAAGGAAAAUAGUGGAAAUUAUAUGCAGGACAAGCUGGUUAAAGUCAGAAAACCACUGUGGCAGAAUAGAGAGAGUUUUAAAGGUCCACAACAUGCAAAAAACUUUAGCUAGAUUUGAAGAGUAUAGAGAGAUGGUGAAAAUUAAAGCAAGCAAACUCCAGAAGAAACAUCCUAGGUGUCUAGCUGAUGGAAAUGAACUUUUAAGGUUCUAUGGAACCACAGUUGCUUGUUCUCUUGGUCUCAAUGGCUCUUCAAGUCUUUGUUUAUCAGAAAAAUGUUGUGUUUGUAGAAUCAUUAGGAGUGGUUUUUCUGCUAAGAAGGAAUUGAAAGGUGGCAUAGGUGUUUUCACAACAUCUACAAGUGGAAGAGCUUUUGAAUCUAUAGAGAUUUUUGAUAAUGAACCUUCACUUAGAAAGGCAUUGAUAGUAUGCAGGGUAAUUGCUGGUAGGGUUCAUAGGCCACUUGAAAACAUUCAAGAAAUGGCAUCUCAAACUGGAUUUGAUUCAUUGGCUGGUAAAGUAGGUCUUUAUUCAAACAUUGAGGAGCUUUAUUUGCUCAAUCCUAGAGCUCUUCUUCCUUGUUUUGUGGUAAUUUGCAAAUCAUGAGCCCAAAAACAGGAUCAAAGUGUUGACGCUGUUUGGAUUCACAGUGAAUUUGGCAGAACUUUAGAGUUUCAACAAAAUCACGGUAGCCCUGUAAUUUCGUCGAACUUACCAUGAUUCAGAACAUGCUCUAUACUUUUGGCUUUUAUAUGGAGGUUCUUUGGCCUACAUCUUUUGAAGGAUUUUGAUUCUUUUUUGUCAAGUCACUUGUGCUUGUCCAUGGUAAUUGUAAUUUGUAUGAACCCCCUAUUCAUACAUUUGUAAUUUUUUUGCUUAAUGACAGUGAAUAUUUUUACAUCUGCACCAGAAAAUUUGAAUUUGAAUUGUCACAACUAGAAAUAAAUAUGGAAGACUUGUAAAAUGAUGGUACAAAUUUAUGGUCAGAUUUAAUAA